AUGCCGGUGGAUUUGCUAGUGCUUAAACAGAUGUGGGAAUUUGAUGUUAUCUUGGGAGUUAAUUGGCUCUCUAAGUACUACGCCAGCAUCGACUGUGACAGUAGGGUGAUCACUUUUCGUGAGCCUGGUCAAGAAGAGUUUGAGUAUCGGGCAUGUAAAGGCGCGUGCUUUGCGGCGACUAUAUCGACGGUGAGGGAGAAAAAGAUGAUCAAGGGUGGUUGCAAAGCUUACUUGGCGACCAUCGUGGACCCUCAAAGGGAGUACCCGGAGUUGGGGAACAUUCGGGUGGUGUGUGAGUACCCGGACGUGUUUCCGGCGGAGUUAUCGGGACUACCACCGGAUUGGGAAGACGAGUUCGUCAUUGACUUGAUUCCCAGUGCGACGCCAGUUUCGAAGGCUCCGUAUAGAAUGGCAUCGGUGGAGCUUAAGGAGUUAAAGGCCCAAUUGCAGGACCUACUCUAUAAAGGCUUCGUGAAGCCAAGCGUGUCCCCGUGGGGAGCACCAAAAGAGUUGAAUAUACGGCAGCGGCGAUGGCUGGAGUUGAGAAAAGACUAUGAUCUUACUAUCCUGUACCACCCCGAUAAAGCCAACGUGGUGGCCGAUGCGCUGAGUAGGAAAUCUAUUGAAAACUUGGCGACGGCGAUUACUAGUCAACCGUCAUUACAUAAGGAAAUGCAACGGUUUGGAUUAGAGAUCGUGGCGCCGGAAGUUCCGACUAUCUUGGCGGCAUUAGUGGUUCGACCGACCUUGUUGGAGCAAAUUAAGGAGCGGCAAGUGGAUGAUCCGUAUCUCCAAAAGAUGCAGAAUGAUGUCAAUGACGGGCGCGCGGGUGAUUUCGGCGUGGGAGCUGAUAGUGCACUUCGGUUCAGAAACCGAUUGUGCGUACCCAAGGACGAUGAUAUUCGUAGGAUGGAGAAAGUUCGUCUCGCCCGGCAAAGAUUAGCGACGGCGCAGUCAAGGCACAAGAGUUAUACCGAUAAGCGAAGGAAGGACGUUGAGUUCGCGGUUGGGGACCGCGUGUUUCUAAAGGUGUCGCCAAUGCGCGGUGUCAAGAGAUUUGGUGUCCGGGGGAAGCUAAGUCCCCGAUUUGUCGGACCCUUUGAGAUCUUGGAAAGGGUUGGCGCGGUGGCCUACAGAGUAGCAUUACCGCCGAGGCUUGCAGGGGUGCACGAUGUGUUUCAUGUAUCCAAUCUCCGCAAGUAUGUUAACGAUCCGGAGCAUGUUCUCUCGUAUAUACCGAUAGAGCUUCAACAGGACAUGACUUACAAGGAGUUCCUGGCGUACAUUGUUGAUCGGGAGGUGCGAAAGCUACGAAAUCGAGAAAUCCCGUAUCUUAAGAUCCAUUGGAGCGAACACGGCGACCGGGAAGAGACGUGGGAGCUUGAGGACGCGAGGAAAGAACGUCAUCCUCAUCUCUUCGAAGAACUAAGAUGA